AUGGAGACCAAAGAGAAUGAUCCAUUUCGCAAAACUUGUCUCGUACCGUACCCGAGAGUGGACGACCUCCCACCAAGUCUGCGCGAUAAACUGAAUAUUUUGCCGUUUCGUCGCAACAUUCUCCUGACUAUCGCAAAAUCCCACGGCCUUGCACCCCAUUUACUGGAUCUCAUCGGCGCCUGCUUCGACGGUACCCAGCGAGGACUGCCUACGCUUGAGUGGCAGUUGAUUGUUUUGCGGACUGCCACGAACCUCAAAGCGAAAUACGAAUAUGAUGUGAAUGUGCCAGUUGCCGAGGUCCACAACAUGCCCCAGGAGAAAAUCGACAAUAUUGCUUCUCCUACUUCAGUCAUCCAAGACACCACCCAAGGCCCAUGGACUGCCCGAGACAGGGUUUUGCUACGAUUGGUUGAUGAACAGUUAGCGAACUAUACAAAUGAGGAAAAGACGGUUAGGGAUGCUGUGGAACUUCUUGGGUCGGAUAUGGUUGUGGAGGUGAUCAUUGUUAUCGGAAUUUAUGCUUUAUUGGCUCGGCUGAUCAAAGGGCUGAGAGUGGAUGAUGAUGCGGAAAUUCCAGGACUGAAGGAGAAGCUUAAAGGCGCCAUUACGCCUACUAGAUAG